AUGGCUACUAAGCUUCGAUUUUUGACAGUCUCCCAAGUUCAGCGACUUCAUGCGAGAUUUGUCGUCCCCAAUGCUGUUCCAGUCCAACCAAACAUGCUGGAGUCUGCAAUCCAUUCGCCGAUGAACAUGAAACACUACGCAAAGGAGGAAGAUGUUUUCCAGCUUGCUGCGAACCUUGCCGAGAAAAUAAUGUUAAAUCACGCCUUUCAAGACGGGAACAAACGCACCGCCUUACUGGCCGCCGAUAUGUUCUUGAAAAUCAAUGGCUUCUAUCUUCAGAAGGUACCAUUUGCGGAGGAUCUAAACAACAAGGCGCUAGCAAAUGCCCACGUCGCCGUCGUUACCAAGCAGUGGACCGCUCAACAAUUGGGAAUCUAUUACAAGUCUGUGGCAGCGCCUCUUGGUCCUGUUACUGCAGAAGUCAUGGACUAUAGAAGCUGGGCUCUCGAGUACUAG